AUGCUCCUGCGCAACCUGCUCGAGCCUGUGGACCCUCAACAAGAGGAGCUCCACCACAACAUCCAGAAGUUGGUGGAGCAUGCCACCGUGCAGCAUGCGGAAAGCUCCACGUCAUGCCACCGGCACGCGGCAUCCAUCCCAGUCGGGAGGGGGUGGCAGGCUCAUGGCAGCCAAACCCCUCAGUCCACCAGCAGCAAGGGCGUCCACCCCAGGCGGUCACGAUGCCGUGGCUGCGCCUCACCCCAAUCCGGCACCCGCCAGUGCGUGGGCAGCUCGGGCCCAACUACGAUGCGCGUAGCAUCAUUCACUCACGGCAACUGGCCCGCCGCGAUGCCGAUGUCGACUAUUUGGCCGCAGAUGCGGCUGAUGCCCACUGACCCGAAGGGGAGCACGAGGAGGCACCCCAGGCGUGGCGGCCGACCGUGCGAUCGGGACGGCGACCGGAGCCCUAGUACACUGCGGGGCAAGCCCGACCACUUCGAGCUACUCCUCGAAAAGCGGUGCACUAACCACGACUAUCCUAUCAAGCACAAGCUCAAGGACUACAAGCUCCUCAAGUGCAUGUUGGGCCAGUCUAGCAGGCCCAAGGGUGGGGACCGUGAUGAGAAGGCGCCCAAAAAUCAGCGUGUGCCGGCCAAGGACGGGAACAGCUUCCCCAAGUCGGAUGGCUGCCUCAUGAUCUUCGGAGGUCCUAAGGAUGACUGCUCCAAGUGUCAACACAAGAACAACCAUCCUCCUAGCAUUCCCCGACCGGGGAGCUACCCGCUCCUUGUCAACCCCAUCGUCGGCAACAAGCGCCUGACCAAGGUGUCGAUGGACGGGGGUUGUAGCCUCAACAUUUUGUAUGUUGAGACCCUCGACGCUAUGAGCAUCUCGCGGUCCAACCUCCGCACCUCCGUUUUCCCCUUCCUCGGUAUUGUCCUGGGCAUGCGGGCGUACCCCCUAGGGAACAUAGACCUACCAUUCAUGGUGGUCCCCAACUACACCUACCUCAAGCUGAAGAUGCUAGGACCGAACAGCGUCAUCACGAUGAUGGAUAGUGAGAACCAGCUAUUAGUUUUUGUCGCUGCGGCACAUCAUUUCCUUUCAAUGAUGGCCUUGGUGAUUGAAUCUGCAAAAAGAAAAUGGCGUGCUCCUGUAGGAAGGAUUACUUAUGCUCCAAUUGAUGAGAGGGAUAGGAUAAGACUCGUUUAUCUCAAUACUAAGAUAUGGAGGGAUGAUGUAACUUGUGUGAACAUGCUAAGACUUACUAGGGCAUCAUUCUUCCGUUUUUGUGAAUUUUUUAGAAACCGUUGCCUUUUGGAAGACACCAUUCAUAUGUGUGUCGAGCAACAAGUUGCCAUGUUUUUGCGCACAAUCUGUCACAAUGUUAGGAAUAGGGUAAUUGCUACCAAUUUUGGUAGGUCUAGUGAAACUGUUAGUCGCUACUUCAACAAAGUAUUGCAUGCUGUUGGGGAGCUACGAAAGGACUACAUUAGGCCACCAUCGUCAGCAACACCAGCUAAAAUUGCAGGGAACCUGAAGUGGGAUCCUUAUUUUAAGGAUUGUAUCGGUGCUAUUGAUGGUACACAUGUACGAGCCACAGUUCCUAAGGCAAUGGAGGCUGCCUUCCAUGGUAGGAAAAGUUACCCUACCCAAAAUGUAGUGGCAGCCAUUGAUUUUGAUCUUCGAUUUACAUUUGUCUUGGCCGGAUGGGAGGGGACAGCCCAUGACGCGUAUAUUUUACGGAAUGCUUUAGAACGACAAAAUGGUCUUCGUGUCCCACAAGGCAAGUUCUACCUAGUGGAUGCUGGAUAUGGAGCUAAACCAGGAUUUUUGCCUCCUUACCGUGGUGUGCGGUAUCACUUAAACGAGUGGGGCAACAAUCCUGUGCAAAAUGAGAAAGAAUUGUUCAACCGUAGGCAUGCAUCUCUCCGCCAAACAGUAGAACGCGGUUUUGGGUCAUUGAAGAGAAGGUUCAAGAUUCUUGAUGAUGCUACUCCACAUUUUCCUUUUGCUAUGCAAGUUGAAAUUGUUGUUGCUUGCUGCAUUGUUCACAACUGGGUUAUAGAUGAUGGGGGUGAUGUGAUCAUAAUUCCGGAGGAUGAGGAAGUGCCUACUAUUAGCCACGAAAGAUCAUCACAUGGGCAACUUCAUCCAAUGGAGGUAGAGUCCAAAAGUGCUGCUGGGCAAACAGUUUGGACAGCAAGUCAGUCAACCUUUGUGCACACUUUUCUUGCAAACAUUAUAGAUGAGGGCCUCAAAACAUCUACUGGUUUCAAGAAAGUCCAUCUCAACAAGUGUGCUGAGGCUUUGAAUGAAAAGUUUAAACUUAAUAGGACAGGUGAUCAUAUUGGUAAUCACUUGAAGACAUUGAGGAGAAGGUAUGUCAAAAUCAACCAACUUAGGAGUUUGAGUGGUGCACUUUGGGAUGAAGAGCAAUACAUUAUUUCUCUUGAUCAUGAGCACUACCAGAACCAUUUUAAGAAUCCUAAAAACAAGGGUGAUGAUGAAUACAUUAACAAGCCUUUGCCUUACUAUGGGAAUCUAGCGACAAUAUUUGGCAAUAGUGUUGCUACAAGGCAGUUUGCAAAGAGCUCAAAUGAACCCCUUGGUGUAGAUGCGGAUUGCACUGCUGAAAAUGAUGACAAUGGGGCUGCUAUAGCGAUGACUAAUGGACAGGCACAAAGUGAUGUAAAUGAUGCCAAUGGGGCAUCAUGUAGUGCUGCCACUAGACCAUACAAGAAAGCCAAGGUUGUGGAGGCUGCAAACGAGAGUUUGGCUGGAGUUUUGGAGCGUAGCACUCAAACAUUAGCCAACGCCAUCAAGGAAGCUGCUGUAGCAAACCGUGCUUUACCGGAAGGAUUGUUUAGCAUUGUGGACAAUCUUCCAGGUUUUGAGAUUCAAGACAAGUCAAGGUACUAUGCUCACUUGGUGGCUAAUCCUGAUAUUGCUAGAGCGUUUGCCGACUUGCCACUAUUGUACAAGAUCAGUUGGAUGACCAUGUUUAUUAAUGCAAACUUCUAG